AUGGUCCCCUACGAUGAACCUAUAUACGACUUCUCCGGGGAGAAGGUCUCUACUCGCGGGUACAUCGAUCUCCACACCGUUUUUUGCGAUGGCACUCAAACCAAAAUAAUCCCUAUCCGUUUCCUUGUCGUUGACGCGCUUACAUCAUUUAAUGUUCUCCUCGGCCGACCAUCCCUCAACAUUUUAGGCGUUGUCGUAUCUAGGCCACACUUAGCCAUGAAAUUCCCUUCUCCAUUCGGUGACAACCUUACCAUCCAUGGCGACCAACGACUCACGCGCGAGUGCUACAUGGCUAGCCUACAUCCACAACUACUCAUCCUCCAAACAAACAACAUUGAAUGCCUACCCAGCUUUGACAUAGCCUUGUUUGGGGAUAACUUGGACCCCGAAAUAGGACGUGAUGCACGUCUCGAACUAGUCGAUGACAUUGUACCUUUGGAACUCCCUAAUGGACGUACCCUCAAGCUGGGCACUGGUCUCCAGCAAGAACAGCGUGACAUCCUAACACCCACCCUCAUCAGCAACACUGACCUCUUUGCUUGGUCAGUCGCUAACCUGCUCGGUAUUGACCUUCAAGUCGCGGUCCACAAGCUAUCCAAUUAUAAGGAAGCCAGGUAUGUCUCCCAAAAGAAACGAAAGCUCGGUGAAGAACGUCGACUAGUAGCGAAAGUCGAAACCGACAAGUUACUCAACGUUGGCUUCAUCGAGGAAGCCCACUACACCACCUGGCUUUCUAAUGUGGUUCUGAUCAAAAAAGCAAAUGAUAAAUGGCGAAUAUGCAUCGAUUAUACCGAUCUCAAUAAGGUCUGCCCUAGAGACGCUUAUCCCCUACCUAAUAUUGACUGA